UUCAAUGUUGAACUUCCAGUCUUUCGCAUUCAUAACUUCCAAUCCAGUCAUAUAACCUUGGUAUCUUGAAACACCCAUCUUCAAUUGAAAUCUAACUAUGACGAAAAUGCUGGAUCCCUCGCAAUUCGACCGUAUAUUCGGUUCUCUAGAACCGUUUCCCUACAACCGCGCUUUCGCUCAACAUCUCGAAGCUUCCCGCCGAAGUCUAGAGGGUUUCUUGUUUAUUGACAGAGUAUUGAAAGCACUCAAUCUUUCUAAAGCUACCAGCCACUAUCCUCCUAAGAGUAAGGAUGCGCUCCGACAGCUUUACGAACACAUCUGCGAGAGCAAAAAUGCCACCAUUCACCAUAAGCUCUCGGUAGUGUACUACAUCAUCCUAGAUAUCGACGAACAGAACGGUUCCAGCCAGGCCGAAGCCUAUUCACAACGUGCUAGCAUACCCAAGAAAUACAAGAUCUUCAUGAAGGGCUUAUGGCACAUGGAUGCAUUACAAUUCGACCUCGCAUUGCAAUACCUCACCCAUCCCUCGCUACAGCCCGACUUCGUAGACGACAUCAUCACCGUCCUAGUCCGUCACGCCAAGAACGACGACUACAGCUUACCACUUGCUUACUACCACACCGUCCAGCCUAUGAUCCAGUCAUCCCCAGCAUUAGAGCUACUAUUCGACUCCCUUGCACGAUCUAGCGUUACCGACGCCUUUCAAUUUUCGCGAUCGCAUGCCGAUUUCAUGCGUCGACAACUAUUCCAACGUCUCAUCCUAUCGGUACUAGAGUCCGCCAACAGUGACGGAGCAGCUGAGAAAGCGCUUGACUUAACUAGUCUACCAUUCGAUGCACAGGAAGAGAAAUGGUUUAAGGAGUGCUUGGACAGCAGCGAAGGGAAGAGAUUGGCAGUGGCCAAAGACACUCUUCUCAUGCGUAGAAUUGCCACGGGCCAGACCGGAUACGGAGGCGAACCUGGUACAUGGGCUGUUGUGUUAGAAGGUGUCAAGACGGGAAGUGGAGGUCGUGUGCAAGCUUGACCAGACCAACCUGUCAACCCAGAAUACGAAUUCAUCGGUAUCGCAUAGCGUAGGCGUCCAGGUUUUGUUAAACUACAUGUUAGUCAAUUGUAUCAAGGGUCAAUUAUCGGAAAUAUGAUACAACUAAUACCAUCACGUUGGUCUUUACCUACCAACGAGUCACACAGGCAACAUGUCUUAUUCCUCAAAAAUACUUUGUUUGAUUCAUUCAUUAUGGUUAUAAAGUCUCACGUCUUAAUUAAC